UUAACCGUAGAAUAUCCAAUUUGGGCCCAAACUUAAGGACCAUUAAACGCUCUGACGGGACCUAAUCUAAAACACUUCAGUUCUCUUCAACAGUGAUUUGACCGAAUCGCCGCCAAGAUCGCACCAAACCAAAUGUUUUACCUUCAGUUUUACCGGGAUGGAGUUGGCAAGCAGGUUACGAACGUUUUCCAUUCACUGAUUUAAUAAUUUCAGUUGAUUCUUGUUAUUUGGCACAUAAACACCAUUUUUACGAUACAAUUAAGAUUGGACUGGUGGGAAAAUGGUGCUUUCAACAGGUACGCUUUUGGAAGGUUCUUGACAUCACAGGUCUUAGUUUAUAUGCUACCUCUGGGAAAUCUCGUCCGCUGGAAAGUGUGAAACGACGCUGCCAGUACAGGAAGAAAUUUGAUUCUUUUAUCUGUCGCCUCUCUGAAGAAGAUAAAAAUUACUCAAGUGGAAGACAAUUGCCCCAUCAAAGGAAGGAUGGAAGGAAACGAAAGCAGAGCAGAAAGCCCAAAGACUCUCACAGAUCCACUAUGUGACGAAUUACAUGUGGAUAAGAGACUGUUACUCUACAAAGCAUUUUAUUUCCUUUUUUUCGCCGGAUUUGGAGCCUCCUUUCCAUAUAUGUCGUUGUAUUUCAAGCAAAUGGGUCUGAAUGCAAGCUCAGUUGGGAUCCUAGCGGGAAUAAGACCCAUUAUUCAGUUUAUCAGUGGGCCCUUUUGGUCCAUUUUAGCCGAUAGAUUCAAGGCGAGAAAGGCAGUUUUGCUGUUUUCGAUUUUAUCAUGGCUAGUCAUGACUGUGGCUCUUUUAAUUCCUACACCUCACAAGACACAAUGCAGAAAUUUGAUGGCUAAUGUGAACAGUACUCAGAAAUAUUUGUCAGUACUUAGACGGCAACAUUCGACACAGCCUGUUAUUGAUAAGAGGAGAGAACACAACAUAUCAGUCCCUGUUCUCGAUGAAAGCAUGAGAGUCUAUGGCAGUGCUAAGGUCAAACAAAACACGUUUUCAUUCCUUAGGAAUUCCCCUUUUGAAGUGUAUUUCUUAAAAAGUUCUCAUAAAGAACCUGAAUACGCAGUCAGAACCAGCUCUAACCUGACUUAUGAAUUGGUUUAUGACGACAACGAAGUUUAUCAAGUGUUUACUUAUCUGCUGAUUUUAGUCGUAUGUGGAGAGUUUCUUGAAGCACCAACCUUUAUUAUGGCUGAUACUGCCCUGUUGCAAAAAUUAGGAGAGAAUCGAAGACACUAUGGUAAAACCCGAUUAUUUGGCUCGUUGGGUUUCGCGUUUGGUUCCUUGAUAGUCGGAGGGUUACUCGAUAGCACAGAGUACAGAUACUGUGGACAAGUGAUGAACAAUUAUAACGUGCUGUUUUACUCGUUUGCUAUUGUUAUGGCAAUUGCAUUUGUCUUUGGUGCUUGGAUGUUUGAAUUUACAUACGAAGAAGCCGAAGAUAGUAAAAAUGGCGAAAACGAUGGUUCUACAAUGGAGAUUUUGACGUUACUUCUGAAAUUCCAGUACGCUUUUUUCCUGUUCAUAUCUUUCUUUCUUGGCUUCUCCAAUGGCCUAUUUUUUAAUUUUCUAAACUGGUACCUUGAGGACCUCGGCGCCAGCAAAUUACUGAUGGGUAUUGCAACAAUUUUCCGUACUGUCGCUCUUAUCAUUGCUUUCAUAUUUAACGCAUUCUUGUCAGAUUUAUGCGGACAUGUUCAGCUUAUGUUAUUUAGUGUUGCUGGAUAUUUCGUUCUGUUCGGGGGUUUCUCCAUUAUCCAGAAUCCUUGGUGGGCAUUGCCACUUGAGUUCUUGGACGGGAUAACAUACGGUACUACUUGGUCGACAGCUGUCACUCAUCUUGCAGAUGCCACGCCCAAAGGAGGAGCUGCCACAAUGCAAGGCAUCCUUCAGGGAAUUUACUUUGGACUUGGAGGAGGCUUGGGCGCCAUUCUCGGUGGAGUACUUAUAGAUGGAUAUGGUGUAGUUCCUUCAUUCUGUUUGGGGGCUCUCAUGUCGAUUGCGGUUUUUAUUGCCAGCGGAUUUAUUCAACUUUGUAUUUUCAAAAAAAAGGAAAACAUGAAAAGGGAAGCAAAGCAACCUGUGGAACAUACAAUGGAAUAAACGCAUAAGCAUUAUCACGCAGAAAUUCAAUUCAAUUACGAAAAUGAUAAGGGAGACCAUAGAACGGGUAUAACUACUGAGAAGCACGAAAUCAGAAUUAGAAUCAGCGCAGAUAUUAUACAGGUAAUACGUGGUACCACAAAGAUCACACUGGAUCAGCUAAGACAUAUAUUAUACAGGUGACACCACAAAGAUCACAUUGAAUCAUUCGUUGCUGGCUUUGACUUUACCGGUUUUGAUUUUAAAAAUGCCGCUAGGAACAUAUCACCAGGGUUCAGUUUAUCGUCUGAGGCACCCUCCAAAAAUGAGUGCGGUAAAGAGCAAUUUGAAUGAAUUGAUAUUCAGUCUGUAAUCGAGUUAUCAAUUUGCCAGAAGAAAACACUACUCGCAGUUAAUUCGCUGUUGUUUUCAGAUUUGCCUAGAGAUGAAAAAACGAUAAAGUAAAAUGAAGUUCAGUGCAUGGGGAACAAUUAUAAUGAAAGUUGUUUGAAGGUUUUUUGUGUGAUAAUGGCUUGGUUCCUCGACCAGGGUGACAAUUUGGCCAUUUUAUGCUUAAUAUGUAUCAAUUAUAAUCAUAGUUAGUCGACAAGACGAGCUUUCCGAUUUAGUUAAUCCUGGGCGACAAGUUUGGCCGAGUGGGUAGUACUUCUGGAUGUAUAAGGGACCGUUCAUUUUUUAUGAGGGAGGGGGAGCUGGUGGGAUUUGGGAAGCACCAUUUAAAAAUUGCAUGACCCCCCCUCAGCUUACCAAUUUUUUCACAUGGCCCCCCCUUUAUAGCGGUCAUUUUUUGGGAUGACCCCCCCCAAAAAAAAAA